CACAUGCCUGAGAGCGCACAGACGUCCCCAGGCAGCGUCCUGCAGGCGGCCCAGGGUCUCACUGUUUUGAUCGCUAAGCGACCACUGCGUCUCCACUGCCAAAGAGGCCUGAAGAUUUAUGAAAUCUGAACUUUUAAGAGAAAACGCAGGUGCCUGCUCCUCUGUGGGACAAAAAACACCUUGUCUCUUGAGACGGGACCUGUGACAUGGAGCGGUCGGUGACCUGCCUGUGAGAACACAGCUUUUAUGGUGAAUCCACGUUCAGGGGCUCCGAGGAGGCAUCACUAGCAAGAACUCAGUGGAGACUCAGUCAAUACGCUGAGCCACGCGUUCUGGAACACUUAGGAGUAGCAGAUCUUCCCGCUCAACUUGCCAAGCAUCCGUGCUGACAAGAGAGAACCAGAAAUUCCACCUUGUUGACAGAACCCCACUGGUGGUGUGGGCACUUGGCGGCAGCAGCAGUGAGCAGAGCGUAAGGGGACAGAUCUCAGUGGAUCACAGACUAAGAUUCGCCUUUGUCCUGUGACCUCUGCUGGUGACCCGGGGGCUUGAAGUCCCUUCCCUUCUACACCAGGCACGGAUUUCUGCCCAGGUCAAGUGUCAUGAUGAAUGUGGAACCAGAGAAUUCCACCAGCCCCAACUAUUUUACUGACUAUGACCUUGACUUGAGCAGUAGUGUGGAUUAUUCUAUGGACGCCUUAGUAUGCAGUUUGCAGGAGAUCAGGGACUUCUCCAGGCUGUUUUUGCCCAUUGCAUACUCCCUGAUCUGUGUCUUUGGCCUCCUGGGCAAUACUCUGGUGGUGAUCACCUUCGCUUUCUAUAAGAAAGCCAAGUCUAUGACUGACGUGUACCUGCUGAACAUGGCCGUGGCAGACAUCCUGUUUGUCCUGACACUUCCCUUCUGGGGAUUCCAGCACGCCACCGGGCAGUGGAUAUUCAGCAACAUCACAUGCAAAUUGAUGAAAGGCGUCUAUGCCAUCAACUUCCACUGUGGGAUGCUGCUGCUGGCCUGCGUGAGCGUGGACCGUUACAUUGCCAUCGUGCAGGCCACCAAGUCCUUCCGCCUGCGGUCCAGGACUUUAGCGCACCACCGGGCCAUCUGCCUGGUGGUGUGGGCUGUGUCCAUCCUGAUCUCCAGCCCUACGUUCACCUUCAGCCAGAAGUACAACAUGCAGGGCAGAGACGUCUGCGAGCCCAGGUACAACCCAGACUCGGAGCCCGUCCACUGGAAGCUGCUGGUGCUGGGGCUGCAGCUAUUCUUCGGGUUCUUUGUCCCACUGGUGUUCAUGAUGUUUUGCUACCUGUUUAUCGUCAAAACCUUAGUGCAUGCCCAGAACUCUAAACGGCACAGAGCCAUCCGUGUGAUCAUAGCGGUGGUACUUGUGUUCUUGGCUUGUCAGAUCCCUCACAAUGUGGUGCUGCUGGUGACUGCUGCCAAAUUGGGCAAAGUGAACCGAUCCUGCAACAGCGAGAAGCUGAUGCGCUACACCGAGAACUUGACCGAGGUCUUGGCCUUCCUGCAUUGCUGUCUCAACCCUGUGCUGUAUGCAUUUAUUGGCCAGAAGUUCAGAAACUACUUUCUGAAGAUCAUGAAGGACCUGUGGUGUGUGAGAAGGACGCAGAAGGCCACGGGCUUCUCCUGCUCCAGGCUGUACUCAGAAACCUUCAUCACUAGGCCGAACAGCGAGACAGUGGACAAUGACAAUGCAUCCUCCUUCACUAUGUGAUGUGACCUGGGGCGUGCUGUGGACAUGCCAGCGGAUGUGAUGCAGACAGGCACACAAGGUGGAAACUCAGCUAAAGCCCCGAGUGCCCACGGGACUGGACUACACUGCUGCCAGGCUGCGGGGGUUGGGCAGCCUGUGAGAGGCAGCGUCUCCCAAAUUUCCUUCACCAGAAACACUCGGGGACUCUGUAGCCUCUUACAGUUGGCAGUCCCCAAAAUAACCUUUGGGAAAGGCUGAAUUAAAGGGAAUUGUUUACAAACACAAACAUUUUCAGAAAUAGUCAUAAAGCAAUCGCAGACGCCAAUUUCUUGUGAUCACAGCAGAAAGUCACAUGGGUUGAAAAACCAACCAACCAACCAACCAACCAACCAACCAACCAAAUGAAAGCCCUUGUACAACUCAUGUUAGGCAAAAGUACACAUUUUAUCCAUCAAGAUGUUUACUGUUGCUACUUACAAGCAGCUCACGGGCUGCCUCAAGUUGUAGCUCAUCCCCUCUGAUGUACUCGACAAGCAUGAGAUUGCAAAAAGGCAGCAGAAAAACAAGCUUAGGAGAGAAUAAGCUGGAAAUAAUGUGCGAAAAGACAGAAAAGGUAACUAGAUAAGUAUUAGGGACAGUUGUCACAUGGAUAAGGCCCUUCGGGCUGUGACAGGCCAUCGGGAAAGUGGAGUGUGAUGUGUCUCUCGGCAAUGGGUAAUUCUCUAAAACCCCGUCAGACUGAGAGAUCUAGGAGGACAGGCUGCCAACAGCACACGUCCAGCACACAGACGGGCUCAAUUAUCUGUUCAGCAAAUCGUAGUGAAAUCGGAGUUUAAGGUGCAGCUUAAAAAUGAGGUCUUUACAAUUUUUUAAAAAUGGAACAUUAUUUCUUUUAAAAAAAGAACAAGGACACUUUACUGAGAAAAUAUAGCAAGAGUUUCUGUCCCACGUCCCCGGCAGAGUAGCAGGUGUGAGGCUGGAUGCUUGGCAGGGCCUGCGGCUGGCUCACAGAGCCAGAACCCUGCUGGCUUCUGCUGUGGAUUUUCAAGUGGUUUUACCCGCAGCCUGAGGGGAAUCAGGAUUCAGAUUUCAACAAUUCUCUUCAACUUCAUAGAACUCAUGUUUGGAAGUGGUGUGUAAGUAGAUGAACAUUUAAGUAAGAAAAUAUGAGUGUGUAUUACAAAAAGACAGAUAUGCACUAGGGAAAUACUGACCUGAACUGCAGACAGACUGUCGUGUUUAAUACUGACAGACGUGCUCUUCGAAACUUUCUCUUGUUCUCGUAAGCUUUAAGUAAGCCUCUACAUGAAAUCCAAAGUGAUCCCUUAGCGUUCCAAGUCUGUGAGUGUCAAACAUGGUUUUGGCUUUGCAAACUCAAACUAUGUGAAGUAGGAACUGCCUUCCAGCUUCAGUGUUCUGUCUGGGGGACUGGUGUCUGGGGAGCUCACAUCCUUCAAACCUGCCAGUGGUUGACUCCAAGAAUCAAGCACAGGAGAUGUUACUCAGAUGCUCCCUUUGUUGUGACCGAUGGACGGAUACAGUGACGUUUCUAUCCUGCACAGAAGCGCUUGCUUACUUGGCAUCACUAGGAAAUAAGCUCUUCUGCAUAAUUUAAAUCUUCAGAUAAUUGAAGCUUACUCUUCGCAAUAGCCCUUUUCAAG